AUGGUGAGUAGGAUAUGUACAUGUGAUUUACAUAAAAUAGAACAAAGAUAUUUUUUGAAAAGUAACAAAGCAUUUAAAGUAAAUGAAAAUAAAAUAGAUAAGGAAGGAUAUUUUGAUAGUUUUAAAUUAUGCGAUAUCGAAGAAAAAGAAAAAAAUUUAUAUUUAAAUAACAAUUCAUUUAAUUAUGAUAUAAAGACUUUAGAUGAUAUUUUUAAUGAAGAAAUUUUAAAAAGUAAUAGUAAUAACUUAGAGGAUGAUAAUAAAUUUAUUUUAAUAAAAGAAGAGGAAGAAGAAGAAGAAGAAGAAGAAGAAGAAACAUUAAGUAAUAGAGAUUCUUUUCCUUUUAUUUUGUCUAAAGAAAAUUCAGACAAAGAAAUAAAGAAUAUAUAUGAUGAAAUAAAAGUGAACAAAAACAAUAAAAAAUUGACUGAUAUUAUUAUUUUAAAAAAUAUUUUAAAUUUUUAUUUUUUAUUUGAUUAUAAAAAUUAUGGAUAUAUUGAUUUUAGAAAUUCAUCAUAUGUAAUUCAAAAUAUUUAUCAAAAUAAUAUUAAUUUUUUAUUAGAACAUAUUGAAUUAAAUGAAAAUGAACUAAAUGAAAAUAUAUCAAAAUGUAAGAUCAAAAAAAUAGAAAUAAAUAAAAAUUUCUGUAUAAAAUACUUUGCAAAUUUUCUACUAGUUAUUUUAAAAGAUGUAUCAAUGUUUCAAAAGAAAGAGGGAUUUUUAAGUAAAGAGAAUUUUAUAGGUAUUAUGCAUCAAUUUAUAAAAUCAAAUAAUUCUCCUAAUAAUAUAUAUGGAAUUUUUAAAUAUCCGAAAAAUAUAAUAACAGACUUUUAUAAUUAUAUGCAUUAUAUAAAGGCAAGUAAUGAUGAACAAAAAAUCGAAAAAAAAAGAAUUACUAAAAAUAAAAAGAAAUUAAAAAGCAUAUUUUUUUUUGAUGAACAUCUAAUAAAUGCUGAUUUGCAUACUCAUAUAAAUUAUUUUAAAGAAAAAAAAAAUAAAAAGUUAGAAAAUAUAAAAAUGGAAAACACUAUAAAAGAAAUGAAGGAGUGUACGUUUUUACCUUAUAUAACAAAGAAACCUAGUUAUUUAUUAAGAAAAAAAUUAAAAAAUAAUAUAAAUCAAAUUAAUAAAGAAUCACAUGUAGAAGAAAAAUACAGGAAAUCAGAAAUAAAGUAUGAUAUUGAUAAUUCAAUUGAAAGAACAUUAAUUUUACCCAAUAAUGUAAUUUUAAAAAAAUUUGAUAAAAAUUUUGAACAUUUAUAUAAUGAAAAUAAUAAAUCAGUAAAGUUAAAAUAUAUAAUUCAUCAAGGAUAUGAGAAACCAAAAAAGAUUCGUUGGGAUGAUACUUUAAGAAAUAAAAGAAUUAAUUCGAUUCAACAAUUAUUUAAUAAUGGGGAAAUAAAAAAAUGCUUUAUACAAAAUAAAAAUAUAGUAGAAAGAGAAAAAAAUACAAAUGAAAGUGUUAAGAAGGAUAAUAUUGCAUCAGAAAAUAUAUCGACAAAUAAAAUAUUUAAUAAUCAACUUUAUAUAAAUAAUAAAAAUGUUAUAGAUCCGUUAAUUAUAAAUUCUAAUAAAAUAUUAAAAAAAGGAUAA